AUGACAGCUGAGAUUGAAGAAUCAUCGUCCCUUCAAAGCCCCACAGGAGGGUUUUUAGUCAAGAAACUCAUAAGGGCCCUCAGAGUCAAUUCCUGGGGAGAAAAGUUGGCAAGCCUCUUGCAGACGGUGGAGGCCACCCUAUCCAGCAACGGAGGGCAGGGUGAUCGAAGAAUAUCAAGGUGCCAGCGGGGUGGAGAAAGGCUGGUGAGAGAGACAGAAGAGUGGACUGAAGAAAAGGCAGAACAGAAGCAUUGGGUAGAAGAUAAACUAUCUAACGCCCCUCUUCAGGACGCCGUUCAGAGCCCCGCCGAGUAUUCAAUCAUGGGAGAAUUCCGCAACCCUGAGAAAGACUUGAGUAACGUAGAAACAUCUCGUCAUGGUGUCCAGAAACGUCUUCCUGCAUAUUACGACAGUUAUACGAAAGAGCAGUAUCUGUACGCAGGCAAGAAGAUUAUCAUUCAAGAGUCAAUAGAGAACUACGGAUCCGUAGUAUGGCCAGGUGCUCUGGCUUUGUGCCAGUAUCUGGAAGAGCAUCCCGAGGAGUUCAGAUUCCAAGGUGCCAAAGUAUUAGAAAUUGGGGCUGGACCAGGCCUGGUGUCCAUUGUAGUGAGUAUUCUAGGUGCUUACGUCACAGCAACUGAUCUACCUGACGUUCUCGGAAAUCUCCAGUACAACCUUUUACAAAACACCCAAAAUUGCACACCUCAUCAGCCUGAAGUAAAAGAAUUGGUGUGGGGAGAGGAUCUUGAGCUAAACUUCCCCAAGUCAACUCACUUUUAUGAUUUUAUUCUAGCUAGUGACGUGGUCUACGACCAUUAUUUUCUGGAGAAGCUGCUGACCACAAUGAAAUACCUCUGUCAGCCAGGAACCGUGUUGCUAUGGGCAAAUAAGUUCAGAUUCAGCACAGAUUAUGAAUUUCUGGAAAAAUUCAAGCAAGCUUUCAAUACAACACUUAUCGCUGAAUAUCCAGAGUCGAUGGUCAAGAUCUUUAAAGCAACCACACCACAAUGA